AUUCUCACCUUUCAUGUGUUAUAUCUUCUAUCUGUUCUCUCUUUUCUUUUUUUUUCAACUUUGCUCUUCUCUUCCAAUUUGAUUUGCGCACCUGUAAAAUAAGACAGAAGUCAGUGAUUAGUUGUGCUUAUUGUGCAGUCUAUAUUCGUUUCAUGGAAUAUUUAUAUUGUCUACCUGAUAGCAAUUGAGAUCAAAAUUAGUGUGUAUUUAUAUCUUACUGUAUGGUCUGUUUUACUUCAUCAGAAUCAGUCUCCACUAUGGCUCCCUAUGUUACCUUGCUUCAGAAUCUUCACACUGCCAUUACUAACUCAAUUGUUAAGUUCGUUGCGUUCGUGUCUUUGGAGGUGUUCCUGAUGACAACAAGGACAUCAAUAUAGAAUCUGUUUUCCAUGAUACUAAGGGGACAUUCAUUCAAGCCACAUUUCCAAAGAACGUACUUCAAAAUCUAGAACACAAACUUACUGAAGGAGGCAUCUACUACAUAAAAAACUUCUUUGUUAGGGAUAACAACCUUAGAAACAAGGCUACUAAUCAUCCAUAUAGACUAUGGAUGAAUUACAGGACUGAGAUGUAUGAAGUCAGAGAUACUGAGUUUCCAGCCAUGGUUUUUUCAUUUAAACCAUUUGGUGAAAUAGCAAGCAGUGAGAAUGCAGACCAGUCAUCCUUUUUUGACAUUAUUGGUGUCAUUACUUCACCUGGAAGAGUUGUUAAGCAAAGUAGAUAUAGGUUGAUUGAAGUGGAAAUAAGUGAUGAGCACCACAACAAAAUAUUGUGUACAAUUUGGGACUCUAAUGUGGAAUCCUAUUUGUCUCAAUUGUCAAAGGCUGAAGGGACAGUUCCUAUCAUUAUAGUACAGUUUUGUAAGCCUAAUGUUUUCAGAGGUGAGAUUGGUGUAUCCACUCAUUAUCAAGCUUCCAAAAUUUUAAUCAAUGCUGAUAUAGAUGAAGUGAAGGAGUUUCGAAGCAGGAUUAAACAUGAUGAUACAUUCCUUGAAACUAUUUCUGUUGGUCAACCUGGAAUGAUGGUUAAUAGAGAGUUUGAUGAUCUUGAUGUCAAGGCUCUUGGUGAUGUUGUUUGUUUGGAGCAGUUUAUUUCUGAUUUUGGUCAGCAGGAUGGAUCUUAUUGGGUUUUUGGAAAAGUUGAAUCAAUCGAACCUCAUUUUGGAGAAUGGUAUUAUUUAGCAUGUAAGACAUGUGUGAAGAAAGUCAGGAUUUUGGAUGACAAAAAGUUUAGGUGUGACUUUUGUAUUAAGAAUUUUGAUGUAGCUGUGAAGAGGUUUAGGUUUGUUGCGAACAUUGUUGAUGACUCAAGUAAUGCAUCCAUUUUGCUUUGGGAUAGAGAAGUUGUUCAACUAAUUGGAAAAAAGGGUGAAUGA